GCCUGGGGGGUUCCGAGGGUUCUGAGCAUUCCGUUCUGAGCAUUCCAUUCUGAGUGUUCCAUCCUGUUCUGAGCAUUCCAUCCUGAGUGUUCCAUCCUGUUCUGAGCAUUCCAUCCUGAGUGUUCCAUCCUGUUCUGAGUGUUCCACAUGGAGCUCCUGCUCUCUGACGGCAUUCUCGUCUGAGCGCGCUCCCUCCGCGACCUAUGGCCUGUGACAUCAUCACCGGGGGCGGGGCCAGCGUGGGGGGCUGUGAGCCAAUCAGCACGCGGCAUCUCUGCAGCCCCCACCUGCCCACACACACAGACACGCCCACUCUCAUCACCAUAGCAACCUGCACGCUACUGGGGACACUCUACUGCUUCUGGGGUUACCGGUGUCUGCGCCUCAUCUCCUGCCUGUCGGGGCUGCUCCUGAGUGUGUGUGUGUGCUACUGUGUGUGUGGCCUGCUGUUUCCCUCCGCUCCCCCCGCCGCCGCCUGGGGUGUGUGUGUGGCCGUGUCCGUGCUGGUUUCCGUGGUGACGGCGUGGGUGCGUAGCGUCUCCGUGUUCCUGUCCGGUCUGCAGCUGGGCCUGCUGCUCUCUGGCGCCACCCUGGUGGCCACAGCCCAGUACUGCAGCCUGACGCCCCUCUGGCUCCCUCUGGUGAGCACUCUGGGAACUGCAGCCCUGCUGGCAACGCUCGCGCUCCAUUGGCCCAAAGCCCUGGUCAUCACUUCCUCUUCCUGCCUAGGAUCCGCCCUCCUCACGCUCUCAUUGGCCGCCACGCUGGGGGUGGAGCCUGGGCUGCUGCUGAUCCCCACGCUGCAGAGGCUGCGGUUGGUGGAGCCCGGGGAAGGCGGGGUUAAAUAUGAUAAUGAGGGGGCUGUGGAGGAUUAUGGUAAUGAGGGGGCGGGGCUUGGCAUGUGCUGGUACGGCUGGGUGGUGCUGGGGGCGUGGCCUCUUCUCACACUGCUGGGAAUCAUCGUCCAAUGGAGGCUCACCGCGUACCACCUCACACACACGCCAGUCUUCCUAGGCCACAGGCAGCAGUAUCCUCUGAUGAUGGUCUCUCAGAGGGACGGAGCGGCCGUCAGGAAGCUCAGCUCGCAGCGGAGACACACACACACACGCCGCACCCCCAGCACACACUCGCACAGGAAACGACCCACGCCACUCAAGCGCUACGCAGGAGACGUACUAGCACCCAGCUACCUGCGGCAUCUUCAGGAGUGUCAGAGUGGAACGGGGUCGUCCGCGAGCAGCCUGGCCACCCUACACACACUCUACCCCUCGCACACACACACACUCACACACACACACCCGCCGCACACACACACGCUCACACACACGCGCACGCAACACACCAUCAUCGACUUCGACUUCGAGACCGGAUCCAUGGUGCCUCUCACCUCCCCCUCCUCUUCAACAUCAACACUGCAGUUCUGAAACACACACACACACACACACACACACACACACACACACACACACACACACACACACACACACACACACACAC